CAAAUAGAAGUUCAGGAGUAAUUGUCACAAACCCCAUACCAGGGCCCUUUCUAAGUUUACCCUUUUUAAUUUUUUUUUUUCUCUCCGGCUCCGUGAUUUUCUUUUGCUAUGACCCCGAUACUCUUUUAGCUUCUCUCCAUAGUUGGGAACUUGGGAUUCCUCACUCUUCGGUCGGAUCAACAAGCGUAACCCUUCUCCGAAAACCCAAACAUUCUAGACUGAAAAUUCUUUUCUUUCUCAUUCAUUUCAACCCUUAUCUGUGUUUCUCAAUCACCAACACAACGAUCAAGUUUUUCUUUGGGAAAUGACCUCCGUCUUUCUAUUUUGAUUGGAGUUACAAUUUUCAUUUAUUCUCCAGGGGAGAAUUGACCUCUUUUCAUCGCAUCUACCAUUCGGGAAAUGCUCUCCGCUAGUUAAUUCAAGAUGAAGCUGAAGAGGAGGAGGGUUUUAGAAGUGCCUCCAAAAAUCAGAUCGUUUAUUAACAAUGUUACUGCUGUUCCACUUGAGAAUAUAGAAGAACCUCUAAAAGGUUUUAUUUGGGAGUUUGAUAAGGGAGAUUUUCACCACUGGGUUGAUCUUUUUAAUCAUUUUGAUUCAUUCUUUGAAAAGUACAUAAAAUUGAGGAAGGAUUUGCAACUUGAGGAUAACUUUUUGGCUGCUGAUCCUCCUUUUCCCAGAGAUGCUGUUCUUCAAGUUCUUCGUGUUAUAAGGAUCAUCUUGGAGAACUGUACAAACAAGCACUUCUAUAGUUCUUAUGAACAGCAUCUUUCAACUUUACUUUCUUCCACUGAUGCGGAUGUGGUUGAGGCUAGCUUACAGACAUUGGCUGCAUUCUUGAAGAAAACAAUUGGGAAAUGUUCCAUACGAGAUGCCUCUUUGUGUUCAAAAUUGUUUGCUUUUUGUCAAGGUUGGGGUGGCAAGGAGGAAGGCCUUGGGUUAAUUGCAUGCUCUGUGCAAGAUGGGUGUGACACUGCUGCUUUGGAGUUGGGUUCCAUUCUCCAUUUUGAGUUUUAUGCAGUCAACAAUUCAUUAGAAGAGCUGCCAACUGCAGAUGUGCAAGGUUUGAAAGUCAUUCAUUUGCCUAACGUCAAUGCUUAUCAAGAGAGUGAUCUUGAACUUCUUAAUAAGUUAGUAACAGAGUACAAAGUUCCUUCUGGAUUAAGGUUUUCACUUUUGACAAGGUUACGAUUUGCAAGGGCUUUUAACUCUUUAACCUUGCGACAGCAGUAUAUAUGUAUUCGUCUUUAUGCCUUUGUAGUUCUUGUUCAGGCAAGCAAUGAUGCUGAUGACUUGGCUGCUUUUUUUAACAAUGAGCCAGAGUUUGUCAAUGAACUAGUAUCACUGCUAAUCUAUGAAGACGCUGUACCUGAAAAAAUUCAGAUUCUGGGUAUUCUAUCAUUGGUUGCUGUGUGCCAGGACCGAUCUCGUCAGCUAACAGUUCUGACUUCUGUGGCAUCUGGUGGGAACCGUGGAAUCCUACCCAGUCUCAUGCAGAAGGCCAUUGAUUCUAUUUCCAAUGAUUCAUCAAAAUGGUCUGUUGUUUUUGCUGAGGCUCUUUUAUCUCUUGUUACUGUUUUAGUCUCAUCAUCUUCAGGUUGUUCAGCUCUGCGGGAAUCAGGAUUUAUACCUACUCUUCUUCCUCUUCUUAAAGAUACAUAUCCCCAGCACUUGCACUUGGUUAGCACAGCAGUUCAUGUUUUGGAAGCUUUCAUGGACUAUAGUAACCCUGCUGCUGCAUUGUUCAGAGAUUUGGGAGGUUUGGAUGAUACUAUUGCUCGGUUAAAGGUAGAAGUUUCCUAUGUAGAGAGGGGUUUGAAAAAGCAUGAUGAAGAUUCUCAAUGUGGUAAGAAAGGCAAACAAGUCAUCCUUGGUGCUUCUAGUGAUUUAGAAAACACACAGCCUCUUUAUUCUGAAGCAUUGGUUGCUUACCACCGCCGGGUACUUAUGAAAGCUUUACUACGUGCCAUCUCACUUGGGACAUAUGCUCCUGGAACCACUACUCGAGUUUAUGGUUCAGAGGAGAGUUUGUUGCCACACUGUUUGUGUAUCAUUUUCAGAAGAGCAAAGGAUUUUGGUGGUGGGGUGUUUUCACUUGCAGCAACUGUUAUGAGUGAUCUUAUUCAUAAAGAUCCAACCUGUUUUCCUGCUUUAGAUGCGGCUGGCCUGCCUUGUGCCUUCCUUGAUGCUAUAAUGGGUGGUGUUCUUUGUUCUGCUGAAGCUGUAACUUGCAUACCUCAGUGCUUAGAUGCCUUGUGCCUCAACAACAAUGGUCUUCAAGCUGUGAAAGAUCGUAAUGUGUUGAGGUGCUUUGUAAAAAUAUUUACUUCCCGAACAUAUUUACGUGCUCUUAGUGGUGAUACACCAGGUUCCUUGUCUACAGGAUUGGAUGAACUAAUGCGCCAUGCUUCCUCAUUGCGUGGACCUGGUGUGGAGAUGUUAAUUGAGAUAUUGAAUGUUAUUUCCAAGAUUGGAUCUGGAGUGGAAACUUCUUGCCCAUCCAAUGAUUCACUGUUUUCUUCUACUCCUGUUCCCACGGAGACUGAUGGAGAGGAGGGGAAUUUGGUAUCAUCACAUGAUGGUGAUUCAUCCAAGAUGGAAAGUUUUGAGCAGACAGCUGAACUGUCUUCUGAUGGUUCAUUGAUCAACAUUGAGUUGUUUCUUCCUGAAUGUGUAAGCAAUGUUGCCCGCCUUCUAGAAACAAUUCUUCAGAAUGCUGAAACAUGCCGUAUAUUUAUUGAGAAGAAAGGAAUUGAAACUGUUUUGCAGUUAUUCACUCUGCCCUUAAUGCCUCUUUCAGUGUCAGUUGGUCAGAGUAUAUCUAUUGCUUUUAAAAACUUCUCGCCUCAGCAUUCCACUUCUCUCUCUCGGGCAGUAUGCACAUUCUUGAGAGAACAUUUGUGGUUAACAAAUGAAUUAUUAACUUCAGUUGGAGGGACUCAGGUUGCUGAGCUGGAAGUUGCAACACAAACAAAGGUCUUAAGAUGUCUUUCUACUCUUGAAGGCAUUCUCUCACUGUCCAAUUUUCUUCUGAAGGGGACCACUACUAUGGUAUCUGAAUUGGGAUCUGCAGAUGCUGAUGUUUUAAAGGAUCUUGGGAAGGCUUACAAGGAAAUUCUUUGGCAUAUAUCUUCAUGUUGUGACGUCAAAGUGGAUGAAAAGAGGGAUGCUGAUCAAGAAAAUGGAACCACAGAUGCAGCAAUUUCUAAUGCCGUGGGCAGGGAAAGUGAUGAUGAUUCAAACCAUGUUCCAGUGGUAAGAUACACGAAUCCUGUUUCAGUAAGGGGUGGUUCUCAAUCUAACUGGAACGGAGAGCAGGAGUUUCUGUCAGUGGUCCGUUCUAGUGAAGGUUUACAUCGUCAUGGUCGACAUGGAUUGACACGUAUACGGGGUGGAAGGACGGGUCGGCAGAUGGAGGGUUCAAACAUUGAUUCAGAAGGUUCUACAAAUGUAUCAGAUACCUGUGCCCUAGAUGCUAAAAAGAAAAUCCCUAAUGUUCUUGGUUUGGAAAAUCUGAACAAGCUUGCUUUUGCUAUACGUUCUUUCUAUGCAACUCUUGUUAAGGGAUUUACAUCUCCAAGUCGUCGCAGAGCUGAAUCUGGGUCACUGAAUUCCGCUUCUAAGAGCCUUGCAGCUGCCUUAUCCAAAGCAUUUUAUGAGGCUCUUGGUUUCACAGGUCAUGCUACAUCUGCUGGGAUUGAAACUGCACUGUCAGUGAAGUGUCGGUAUUUAGGAAAAGUUGUGGAUGAUAUGGUGGCACUUACUUUUGAUAGUAGACGUCGUUUAUGCAAUACAGCCUUGGUAAACAACUUCUAUGUUCAUGGGACUUUCAAAGAACUCUUAACCACAUUUGAGGCUACAAGUCAGUUGCUUUGGACGCUACCAUACCCAAUUCCUGCAUCUCGUGUCGAUCCAGAAAAGGCAUCUGAAGGGAGCACAUUGUCUCAUAGCUCGUGGUUGCUUGAUACAUUACAGAGUUAUUGUCGUGUGCUUGAAUAUUUUGUUAAUUCUGCAUUGCUUUUGUCUAACUCUGCUUCUCAAGCCCAGCUGGUUGUUCAGCCUGCUGCAGCGGGGCUAUCCAUUGGGCUGUUCCCUGUUCCAAGGGACCCAGAAGUUUUUAUCCGUAUGCUGCAAUCUCAAGUUCUGGAUGUAAUACUUCCUGUGUGGAACCAUCCCAUGUUUCCUAAUUGCAGUCCAGCUUUCAUCACUUCCAUGGUUUCACUUGUUACAUACAUAUAUUCUGGUGUUGGGGAUUUAAAGAAGGGUAGUAAUGGUACUGCAGGAACUAUAAUCCAACGGUUCAUGGGCCCUCCUCCUGAUGAAGCUACCAUUGCUACAAUAGUUGAGAUGGGUUUUACCAGAGCAAGAGCAGAGGAAGCACUGAGACGGGUGGAAACAAAUAGUGUUGAAAUGGCUAUGGAGUGGUUGUUUAGUCAUGCUGAAGAUUCUGUGCAGGAAGAUGAUGAGCUAGCUCGAGCACUCGCAUUGUCACUGGGAAAUUCAUCAGAAACCUCCAAAGAGGAUAGUACUGAUAAAUCACAGGAUUUGCUGACAGAAGACAAGGGAAUGGAGGCACCUCCAGUAGAUGAUAUUCUUACUGCAUCCAUGAAGCUGUUUCAAAGCAGUGAUUCAAUGGCCUUCCCUUUGACGGAUUUGCUUGUUGCUUUUUGCAAUAGGAAUAAAGGAGAAGAUCGCCCAAAGGUGGUCUCUUAUCUUAUUCAACAGUUGAAGCUUUGUCCAUCAAAUUUUUUGAAGGAUAGUGGCUCAUUGUGUGCUGUAUCACAUAUUUUGGCAUUGCUUCUUUCUGAAGAUGGUAGCACACGAGAAAUUGCUGCAGAGAAUGGUAUUGUCUCUGCUGCAUUAGAUAUCUUGACAAAUUUCACCAUGAAAAAUGAGUCCGAAGGGGUUCUUGUCCCAAAAUGUGUUAGUGCACUACUGCUUAUCCUAGAUAACAUGUUGCUAUCUAAACCCAGAUUUCCUUCUGAUGAUACUGAUAGAAUUCCUUCUGGAUCUUUAACAGACUCUUCUGGACUGCAUAUUUCCUUAUUAAUGCCAACAUCAGUUGCAGAGAAGAAAUCUGCUACAGAUGCCUAUAUUAAAGAAUCUGGCAAUGCAUUUGAGAAGAUCUUAGGCAAGUCCACUGGUUAUCUGACUCUUGAUGAGUGCCAUAGGGCACUAUCAGUUACUUGUGAAUUUAUAAAACAACAUGUUCCAGCUGUGGUUAUGCAAGCUGUUUUGCAGUUAUGUGCCCGAUUGACCAAAACUCAUUCUAUAGCUCUGCAAUUUCUUGAAAGUGGAGGCUUGACUGCACUUUUUAACCUUCCACGAAGUUGUUUUUUCCCUGGCUAUGACACUGUGGCAUCUGCUAUCAUUCGACAUCUUCUUGAAGAUCCACAAACACUACAAACAGCUAUGGAGUUGGAGAUACGACAAACUCUGAGUGGCAUCCUCAGCCGGCAUGCUGGUCGUCUUUCCCCUAGGACAUUUUUGACAUCCAUGGCACCUGUUAUAACUAGAGAUCCUAUAAUCUUCAUGAGAGCUGCAGCUACAGUUUGUCAAUUGGAUUCAUCAGGUGGGAGGGCUAUUGUUGUGUUAUCAAAGGAAAAAGAGAAGGAAAAGGACAAGUCAAAAGCAUCUGGUGCUGAAAUUGGAGUAUCUUCCAGUGAAUGUGUCAGGAUACCUGAAAAUAAGCUACAUGAUGGAUCGGCAAGAUGUUCUAAGGGCCACAAAAGAGUUCCUGCAAACCUCACUCAAGUAAUUGACCAGCUUCUGGAAAUAAUAAUGAGCUACCCACCACCAAAUAAACAAAGAGAGUGUAUUAGCACUUCAAUGCCCAUGGAGGUUGAUGAACCUGCUAGUAAGGAAAAGGGUAAGUCAAAGGUUGAUGAAAGGAAAAUGGAGUCUGAUAACUUCUCAGAAAGAUCUGCUAUACUAGCCAAGGUGACUUUUGUACUUAAAUUGAUGAGUGAUAUUCUUCUAAUGUAUGUUCAUGCGGUUGGAGUUAUUUUGAGAUGGGAUUUAGAGACUAGUCAAACCCGGGGAGCUAGUCAACUAGAUGGACCUGGACAUGGUGGGAUACUUUAUCAUGUUUUGCACCAUCUUCUUCCAUUGCCUUUGGAGGAAACUGCUGAAGAGUGGAGAGAUAAGUUGUCCGAGAAGGCCUCAUGGUUUCUGGUAGUGCUUUGUGGUCGUUCUGGUGAAGGCCGUAGACGAGUGAUUACUGAAAUUGUGAGGACCUUGUCUUUAUUCUCUAGCUUAGAGAGCAGUUGCUCCAACAACAUUUUGUUGCCAAAUAAAAAGGUUCUAGCUUUUUCUGACCUGGUAAAUUCCAUUUUGUCAAAAAAUUCAUCUUCAAGCAACUUACCUGGUCCUGGUUGUUCACCAGAUAUAGCAAAAACAAUGAUAGAUGGAGGUAUUGUUCAGUCUCUGGCUCGAAUUCUUCAAGUGAUUGAUUUGGAUCAUCCUGAUGCUCCAAAAGUUGUGAACCUUAUACUAAAGGUGUUGGAGAGUUUAACAAGGGUUGCUAAUGCCAAUGAGCAAGUAUACAGGUUGGAUGGGGCCAACAAGAAAAAGUCUUGUGGUACAAGUGGAAGAACUGAAGCCUGUGAAGAUGUAGAGCAUGGUCAGAAUGGGGGCAUAGAAAGAGAGACUAGAAAUGUAGCUGAAACUGAACAACAACUGCCUCAGCCUCAUUCUAAUGAAGGGAAUAAUGAUGCAAAUCAAGAUCAGUCUACAGAGCAAGAUAUGAGAACAGGAGCAGAUGAAACUAUGCCCAAUGACCCACCUAUGGAACACACAGUGGAGCUUGCUCAUGAAGAGAUGGAAGAAGGGGGUAUUAUAAGGAACAGAGAUGGGGUUCAGAUGACUUUUCGUGUUGAGCACAGGAAUGAUGAUGAUAUGGGUGAUGAAGAUGAUGAGGACAUGGGGGAUGAUGGUGAGGAUGAUGAUGAAGAUGACGAUGAAGAUGAGGAUAUAGCAGAAGAGGGUGCUGCUUUGAUGUCUCUGGCUGAUACUGAUGUGGAGGACCAUGAUGAUAAUGGACUUGGAGAUGAAUACAAUGAUGAUAUGAUUGAUGAAGAUGAUGAUUUCCAUGAGAACCAUGUUAUAGAAGUAAGGUGGAGGGAGGUCUUGGAUGGUUUUGAUCAUUUGCAAGUUCUUGGGCGACCUGGAGGUGGAAGUGGUCUUAUUGAUAUUGCUGCAGAGCCUUUUCAGGGGGUGAAUGUGGAUGAUAUAUUUGGUAUUCGGAGGCCUUUAGGUGUUGAGCGCCGCCGUCAAACUGGUAAUAGGACUUUCCUUGAACGACCUGGAUUAGAUGGAAGUGGUUUUCAACACCCACUUCUCCUGAGGCCAUCCCAGUCAGGGGAUCCAGUUUCUUUGUGGUCCUCGUCUGGGAACUCGUCCAGAGAUUUUGAAGCUCUAUCAACUGGAAGUUUUGAUGUUGCUCACUUUUAUAUGUUUGAUGCUCCUGUUCUUCCAUCUGAACAUGUGCCAGCUACUCUCUUUGGUGACCGCUUUGUUGGUGCUGCACCUCCACCUUUAAUUGAUUUUUCAUUAGGAAUGGACCCUUUGCAUAUGACAGGUCGAAGAGGGCCCGGUGAUAGUCGGUGGACUGAUGAUGGCCAGCCACAAGCAGGUGGUCAGGCUUCUGCAAUUGCACAGGCAGUUGAGGAAUUGUUUAUUUCUCAGUUUUGUAGUGUUGCAUCCGCAAACAAUCCUCCAUCUCAGAGGCUGUCAGAGAACUCAGGGCCACAGGAGAAGCAGCAAUCAGAUGUCCCACCAUCAAAUGUUUCCAGUCAACUGAUCAUAACCAGGAAUGAUGUUGGAAGUGAACAAAAUGGAGCUCAGAAUGAAGAAAUUCUUACUGAAUCAGCACAUCAAUGGGAGAAUCCCACAAAUGAAAUUGAUUCUCAUCCUUCUGAAUCAGUUUUUGGACAAACCAGGGCAGAGCAUGAUUCUGGAGAAGCAGAGGAAAGUGCAAGGGUUCAGGAAUCCAUGUCAAGGCAACUGGAUGAUGAUGAUGAAGGCACUUCCACUGGGCAAUUAGAGGAAAACGGCGAGUUUGGUACCCCACCCACUGAAUUACAUGGUGCUCCUCAGUGUCAAGGAGGUGUUUCUGUGCUAGAAAAUCCUCAUGAUGUAGAACUUCAGAGUGCUUAUUAUAAUGGACCUUCAGGAACAGAUAGCCAGUUGAUUAAUCCUGUAGUGAUGGAUUCUGUUUCAGUUCUGCCUGAUACAGGUGAUGGGCAUGCUUCUUCAAUUAAUGAAUUUGCUGAUAAUGAAACCAAUGCUUCACACCCUGAAGUCAGUGAAACUGAGUGUCCCAUGCUUGUUUCUGAUGGUGGUGCAGAUGCUCCAUUAGUUGUUCAAAGCACUGUAGCUGCUCAAGGUUCUAAUCAAGUUGAUCUGGCCAAUGUUAAUAAUGAGGCUUCUAGUGCAAACGCCAUUGACCCAACUUUCCUAGAGGCUUUACCUGAAGAUCUACGUGCAGAAGUUUUAGCUUCCCAACAAGCACAGUUGGUGCAAACUCCAAAUUAUGUACCAUCUACUGAAGAAGGUAUAGACCCUGAAUUUUUGGCUGCACUUCCUCCAGAUAUCCAAGCAGAAGUUUUAGCACAACAACGGGCACAAAGGGCUGCGCAGUCUCAGCAAGCAGGACAACCAGUUGACAUGGAUAAUGCUUCAAUUAUAGCUACUUUCCCUGCGGAUUUGCGAGAAGAGGUUCUUUUGACUUCAUCAGAAGCAGUUUUGUCAGCAUUGCCUUCUCCAUUACUUGCUGAAGCCCAAAUGCUCAGGGACAGAGCAAUGAGCCAUUAUCAGGCUCGCAGCCUUUUUGGAAGCAGCCACAGGCUUAAUGGUAGGAGGAAUGGUCUGGGGUUUGAUAGGCAGACAGCAAUGGAUAGGGGUGUUGGGAUUACAAUUGGUCGAAGGGCAGUUUCUGCCAUUGCAGAUAGCUUGAAGGUGAAGGAAAUUGAGGGUGCACCUCUUUUGGAUGCCAAUUCUUUGAAAGCAUUGAUUCGGCUCUUAAGGUUAGCACAGCCCCUCGGAAAAGGCCUACUUCAGAGACUCUUGUUGAACUUAUGUGCACACAGUGUUACACGAGGGCUGCUACUUCAGCUUUUGCUUGAUAUCGUUAGGCCUGUGGCUGAAGGUUCUGUUGGUGGAUUUUCCACUGUUACAUCUCAAAGACUUUAUGGCUGUCAAUGGAAUGUUGUGUAUGGUCGGCCACAGUUGUUGAAUGGACUUCCACCUUUGGUGUCGCGUCGAGUUCUCGAGAUUUUGACAUAUCUAGCUGCUAAUCAUUCUUCUGUCGCAAAUAUCUUGUUUUAUUUUGAUCCCUCAUUGAUCCCUGAAUCUCCAAGCACAACACUUCCAGAAGUCAAGAAGGAGAAAGGCAAGGAGAAAAUUGUAGAAGGACUUGCUUUGUCAAACCCAUUGGAUGCCUCUCAGAAGGAUAUACCUCUAAUAUUAUUCCUGAAGCUUUUGAACCAACCUCUAUUUUUACGUAGUAGUGCUCAUCUUGAGCAGGUCAUUGGUGUGCUCCAUGUAGUUGUAUAUACUGCAGCAUCAAAGGUAGAGUGUCGGCUACAUUCUGAACAGGUUUCAGUCAAUUCUCAAAGUCCACAUCCCAAUGAAGCUUCAGGCGAUGUUCAGAUAGAUCCUCCUAUAUCAGAAACAAUCCCCAAUAAAAAAUUAGAUAAAGGUGGGGUUGAGGUAACUGCUUUGGAUGAGAAGAGAAGUGUUGGUCCAUAUGAUGUCUUCUUGCAGCUUCCAGAGUCUGAUUUGUGUAACUUAUGUAGCCUUCUUGCUCAUGAGGGGCUGUCAGACAAGGUCUAUCUGCUUGCGACUGAGGUACUGAAGAAGUUAGCAUUUGUUGCUGUUCCUCAUCGGAAAUUCUUUACUUCAGAGUUAGCUUGUUUAGCUCAUCGCUUGAGUAGUUCAGCAGUGGAUGAACUUGUUACACUGAAGAAUACACACAUGCUGGGUUUGAGUGCUGGGUCUAUGGCUGGAGCUGCAAUCUUACGUGUAUUACAGGCACUGAGCACACUCACUUCACCUAUAGACGAUAUGAGGAAGAGCCAAGAGAAUGACGAGGAACAGGAAGAGCACACCAUCAUGUGGAAGUUAAAUGAUGCACUUGAGCCAUUGUGGCAAGAACUGAGUGACUGUAUAAGCAUGACUGAGACAAAACUUGGGCAAAGUUCGCCCUUCUCUUUACCAAUGUCAAAUUUAAAUGCUGGGGACUAUAUUGCAGGUGUUUCUUCUCUUUCUCCGCCUCUGCCUCCUGGAACCCAGAGGCUGUUGCCGUUUAUUGAGGCUUUCUUUGUUUUGUGUGAGAAGUUACAAGAAAAUAAUUCCAUUGUGCAACAAGACCAUGUUAAUGUUACUGCAAGAGAAGUCAAGGAGUAUGCAGGUACUUCAAUGGGAACACCUGCGAAAGGUGCUGGGAGUUUGCAGAGGAGGCCUGAUGGAACCUUGACAUUUCUCCGAUUCACUGAGAAGCAUCGUCGCCUUUUGAAUGCAUUUAUCAGACAAAAUCCAGGGUUGCUAGAGAAAUCACUUUGUAUAAUGCUGAAGGCACCAAGGUUGAUUGAUUUUGACAACAAAAGAGCAUAUUUCCGCUCAAGAAUCAGGCAACAACAUGAGCAACACCCUUCUGUGCCUCUGCGCAUAAGUGUUCGCCGAGCAUAUGUCUUAGAGGACUCAUAUAAUCAGUUGCGGAUGCGUUCGAGUCAAGACCUGAAGGGGCGCUUAACUGUGCAGUUCCAAGGUGAAGAGGGGAUUGAUGCUGGUGGUCUGACAAGAGAAUGGUACCAGUUGCUGUCUAGGGUCAUUUUUGACAAAGGAGCUCUGCUUUUCACUACUGUGGGAAACAAUGCAACAUUUCAGCCCAAUCCAAAUUCUGUCUACCAAACUGAGCAUCUUUCCUAUUUCAAAUUUGUGGGCCGUGUGUUUGCUAAGGCACUCUUUGAUGGCCAACUUAUGGAUGUCUACUUCACUCGGUCCUUCUAUAAGCACAUUCUUGGUGUGAAGGUGACCUACCAUGAUAUAGAGGCUGUUGAUCCUGAUUACUACAAAAAUUUGAAGUGGAUGCUUGAGAAUGACGUGAGUGACAUACCUGACCUGACAUUUAGCAUGGAUGCGGAUGAAGAGAAGCAUAUACUUUAUGAAAAAACUGAGGUCACCGAUUAUGAGCUUAUACCUGGAGGAAGGAAUAUCAGAGUCACAGAAGAAACAAAGCAUGAAUAUGUGGACCUAGUGGCUGAGCACAUCCUAACAAAUGCCAUCCGUCCUCAAAUAAACUCAUUCCUGGAAGGUUUCAAUGAAUUAAUUCCACGGGAACUUAUUUCAAUAUUUAAUGGCAAAGAACUUGAACUACUAAUCAGUGGGCUUCCAGAAAUUGAUUUGGAUGAUCUGAAAGCCAAUACGGAGUAUACUGGUUAUACAACUGCAACUAGUGUUGUUCAAUGGUUCUGGGAGGUUGUUAAAACAUUCAACAAGGAAGACAUGGCAAGGUUUCUGCAGUUUGUCACUGGAACAUCAAAGGUUCCUUUGGAGGGGUUUAAAGCACUUCAAGGUAUCUCUGGUCCUCAACGCUUUCAGAUUCACAAGGCCUAUGGUGCUCCAGAGAGGCUACCAUCGGCUCAUACCUGCUUCAACCAACUAGACCUUCCUGAGUACUCCUCCAAGGAACAGCUUCAAGAACGCUUGUUGCUUGCCAUUCAUGAAGCCAGUGAAGGUUUUGGAUUUGGUUGAUUUAAGUCUCUUUAGCUCAACCUUAUCCUCUGAUGCCAGCAACCUCCCUUUAAAUUGCUGUGUACAGACAUUAAGCUAUUGAUCCAGGCAAAUGAAAAUGAUUUAGUAAUACUGGAAUUCUGAGGCAGAGAAUGCAAAUGUAGUUCGGAAUUUUGGUCUGUAAGCUUCUGUGCCACAAGUUUUAAUGUGGGAAGCUUCUAUAGUUUCUAAAGAGUAAAUAUGGUUUUGCUUUGGAUCAAAUGACUAACGGCGAUGUCAACAGCACAGGGACUGAUUUGUUAAGCUUUUCACAAUUUCAACAGAUUGGGAAGCAUAUUUUUGUGAGUAAAUCCCUGGAAAUUUCUGUUUACCCUUCAUUUCUUAUAUCUUUCUUGCAGCGAAUCGGCUUCUGGAUCGAUCAUUCUGAUCCGCCCUGGGGUUUUUUCUCUUUCCAGUUACCCUUGGUUUUUAAGGUUGGUAACUAAGAUUGUGGAUGUUGGCAGCUGGUGAAAUCAAUAAUUGGUGGAUUAAUAGUCUUGUCUUGCCCUUUUUUUUAAAAAAAAAAUUAACUUUCCUGGAAAUCAUAUUUUUCUGGAUGAAUUAGAUCCUAUGUUAUAUGUUGGUUGGACUUGGACCCAUUCAAAUGGUGCUAACACAGUGAUUAAUGAAGACUUGUACAGGCACACUUUUUUUUUUUUGUAAUCUGUACAAGUUGCAUUGAUUAUAUUUGCAAUAUAUCCUGAAACUCCCAGAGACUAGAGAUUUAAUUUGAAUAUUUUUUAUAUUUUGUACAUGGGAAAGUUACAGAGCAUAUGAGUCACUAAUUGUGAACCUGUUGUGUAUGUAACAUGCUUGUGUGAGUAGCAUGGGCUGUCGUUUCUCGUGCAAUUUACUUGAUCAAGUUAUGUUGUAGUUGUAUAGAACAAA